AUGUAUAGGCUCUCUCAAGGGGGCGCAAGCACCGAACCUCUGAUCACCGUGGAGCAAAAAAGCUCCAAGCAAUCUCGCAAUCCGAGCCGAAAAUCUACCUCGUUGCUCACACAUACAGCUCCAGCCUCUGAGACUGUCAAAAAAUGCGAUGGCCAAUGGCAGAAUAAAUUGCGUAAAGCCAAGGCGGUGCCUGAUGGGCCAGUGGAGACCGGCAAUGCAACAACGUCACCAUUACAAGCUGAUUCCUUAAAUCCAUCAUUGUCACUACAGACAAUCGCUCAUAAAUCGGUUGCUUUCGCUCCUCAGCCGGAGCAACAACAGCAAGCAUGCAUUGAAACGACAAAUACGAUGCACCACUCAAACGCGCGAUCACCCACCGACUUAACCUAUAGGUCAACAGAGAAUAAUGCAUCUUCUAACACAGGUAAUACUAAUAUCAGGAAAAGUAGAGAUGCUACCGGAACUUUUAUUAGCUCCUAUCAAGUCGAAACUGCUCCUGCAUUUGCAGCACCCUCCUCUCUCCCUUCUUCCAGCUCUGUUCAAACAAAUAUUACUCCACUGGAGGAUGAUGACAAACGCGUUGACGAGAAUACGCGCAUAUUCACGGAGCUAAUUAACGAAAGAAUUAAAAGAAAAUGCGAAAAGUUGCCCAAGGGUGUCAGUACUGGUGUGCUUCUCUCAACGCCGGCCACCCAAGUGCUAUUUGCCAGCCUUUCUAUUAGCGGUGGAGGUGAUGGUGAGAUAUCGGGGGUGGAGAAUGGCACAAGGACUGACAUGAAGCCCUCCACGUGCAAAAGUACACAAAAUACUGGGGGACAAUCGAGGGUGCAGAUGCGAAAGGAAUCUUCCAAGAUCACCACCACCUUGGCGCCUAUCCUGACCGAGCAAAUGGGCUCAGCGGCGCAGAUGGGUAAGGCAAAAAAGGACACUGUGGCAGGGCUAAAGUUAGCGUCUGGAAAUGGGCUUGUUUUUAAGAGCCACCUGCAGGACAAGGAGUACGUUUUUCUCAAUGCUGCCGAGUUUGGUGAGGUUGAAAUCGUUCGAGAAUUGCUUAACGAUCCUACUUUGAAUGUUAACUGCGUGGACUACAUGGGGAGAAACGCGGUUCUACUUGCAAUGAAGACUGAAAACAUUGAAUUAAUCGGCGCUUUAGUUGGAAAAUUAAAUUUUUAUGCAGUUGAAGAUGCCCUUCUGAAUGCCAUCAGCCAGGAGAAAAUCCAUAUAGUGAAACUUAUCAUUGACCAUCCCCAGUACAUUCGCAUGGAAAAGGUCAUGGCUCCUCGAGGUCAGCACGCUGGGUUGAUUGGCAAGUGCAUCGAGCGAUCCCAGUUCUCUGCCGACAUAACACCUCUCAUGCUGGCUGCACAUACGAACAAUCAUGAGAUCAUUCAGCUCCUUCUCGACCGCGGUUUCAAACUCGAAAUGCCGCACGACAGGAGUUGCCUCUGUUUGGAUUGCGAAUCCAUCAGGGCUAAGUGUAAUUUUCCCGAUGACUCCGUGAAGUUGAAACCGCGUUCAAUCGAAUGGAGCAAUGGGACGGAUCUUUGUGCUGCUCUGAGCCUCCCCAAUUACUGGUCGACUCCGAGAUCGUGCAUGGGCAGGGUGUCAAGUUACACAAACAAUGAUCCUGAAUGUUCCAAAAGUCUUGAUGAGUUUGACUCCCUAAUCCUGGAGAUGCAGCGACUGCACACCUACCAGGCGCUGACUAGCUCGGCCUACCUGGCCCUCACCACUUGUGACCCCGUAUCCUCCGCCUUCAUCCUCCGAGGAGAACUCUAUCAACUCGCCUCGCAAGAAAAGCACUGCCUGGACUUGUGCCGGACCUCGGACGAGGUGCACUCUCUGCUCACCGCCAACGACAUCACUCCGGACGGGGACACUCAGUAUCAUCUUGCCACAAUUAAGCAUGCGGUUCAGUGUCGAGAAAAAAAGGCAGGUUUCACCCAUCCCUUGCCUCAGAUGAUACGCUGUACACAGUUUUAUGCCUCUGAAGCGGUCCAGGAACAAGAAGAAAAGCUUAGACAGUUUGUCGCCCACUCAAAUUGUCAGCAUCAACUAGAGAACACCUUCUACGGCAACAUGUUCUGCAUUCGUGAUUUUGAGGGAUGGCAACGCCUGCAGUUCUUCCUCAUCUUCACGCCCCUCCUGCCCAUUCUCUACAUAACCUACUUAUUUCUGCCAAAUCUAAAGGUUCCCACGCCUCAAAGUCUGAUGUCCAGACAAACAAUUACCAGGAAACUGAAAGUGUGUCAGUUGUUGCGCUGUCCCAUCGUAAAAUUCAUCGGCCACAUGCUCUCCUACUUCAUCUUCCUGCUGCUCAUAACGGUGGCAACCUUCCGACUAGACAAAGACAAUGAUGAAGUUGAGAACCCCGACCUCUGGAAGGUGCGCGCCUUUCAGAUUUGGAGCUAUGACUUCCGCAGCAGCCAACAAGUCAUGACGAAAAUCCACAUUCUUUUGCUCUUUUGGAUAUUGGGACAACUCUUUGGCGAAUCCAAACAGGUCUACCAUUAUGGCCUGCAAGAUUACUUCCGCAGCUACUACAACAUCAUGGACUGGGUUUCAGUGUCGCUAUAUUUGGGUGCAUUCGCACUGCGUAUUUUCGUGGACCUCAGAGUGCAGGCGACCCAGAAAAUCUUCCUACAUCAACUCGCGUAUGCCCAGAGCCUAUUGCUGAAUGCUAGCACAGUAAUUGUGGACAACGACGCAUCUGUAUUCGAGAUCAAAAUAGGAACCGAUUCGAAAACCAACUACGUCGCCUACCGCAAUUAUUUGCUUUCUGAGGACACUGCGUAUUGGCUCCGAGGGUGUAGGCUUUGGUGGGCACCUGACGACCCCGAAUACGUCUCAGACUGUCUAUUUGCACUGGCCAAUGUUCUUUCCUUUGCGCGAGUAAGCUACUUGAUGCCGGCCUGGGAACUUCUCGGACCUCUACAAAUCUCGCUGGCACAAAUGGUUUCCGAUAUCAUUCGAUUCAUGGCGCUUUUUUCGGUGAUGUUGAUCGCAUUUGUUGUCGGCCUAACGAAUCUGUACUGGUAUUUCGCCAAAAUGAUCAUCGCCAUAGAUAUUAAAAGUGGAGCAUCAGCUGCAACACCGGCAACAGUUCGCUAUGCAAGCGGGGUUCCCGCAUUUCAGAGUUCCACUGCAACCUUCCACACCCUGUUCUGGGCGUUAUUCGGGAUGUCAUCCAAUAACGUGACGAUGGUGGAGGAGGAAUUGGCCAGCGUCUAUCCCGGGCAUGAGCAUCUUCGAGUGAAUAAUGCCGCUUUUAUGAUAUCGAGCCUGGGCUCGGUCCUCUAUGCCGUCUACAAUGCCUGCAUGAUAAUAAUUCUUCUCAACAUGCUCAUCGCCAUGAUGAGCAAAUCAUUCGACGAGAUUCAGGUAUUCGUGCACGCCGGUGUAGUUUAUUCAUAG